AUGGCAUUCAACGACGGCGGCAUCAAUGCCACACAGAUGUCUUUGCACGAUGCGCUUGCUGAAGUGCCCUCGAAAGAGGUGUUCGUCGCUAACACAGCUCCGGUCGAUGAUGACGCUCGAUCUCAACGCAGCGAAGGCGGUCGGUCUGUCAAUGUUCCUGUUACGAUGAAGUUGGUGGCAGUUCUGUUGGUCUCUCUGAUCGGCUUUGGGUCGCAUUGGAGCGCCGGCGUAACAAGUGCGAUGAAGAGCACUCUGAAGAAGGAACUCUCCAUCAACAACGCCCAAUACUCCCUCCUCGAAGCCUCUCAAGACUUCAUGAAGACCGCCCUCAUCCUCGCAACUGGCAUCCUCACCGAUCGCAUUGGCGGCGCCGGGGCCAUGGUCUGGGGCAACAUAAUCUACAGCCUGGGCUCCAUCAUCAUCGCCGCCGCGACCACAAUCCGCGGCUACAAGCUCAUGGUCGGAGGCAUGAUCGUCCAAUCUCUCGGUGACAUUGCCACGCAAGUCGCACAGUACAGAAUCUUCAGUUCCUGGUUCGCACCCUCGAAUGGCUUCGCUUCCACCCUUGGAUUUGAACUGGCGAUUGGAAAGAUCGGCUCCUUCCUCGGCCAGGCCACCGCCAACCCCAUCUCCAAAGGCACAGGCGAUUUCAGCUGGGUCUACUGGACCGCCGUCUUCAUGAACCUCUUCACCAACCUCGCCACCUUCCUCUUCUACUACUUCCGCCGCUUCUGCGACCGCAAAUACAGCACCAUGUCCGACCCCGCCACCGGCGAACAACUCCGCGAGAAGACGCGCAAAUUCGAAUUCACCAAGAUCCUCCAGCUCCCCUGGCCCUUCUGGGGUUUCAUCCUCUUCACCGCCUUCCAAACUUCCACUGCCUCUGUUUUUUCCCAAAACGCCACCGAGCUCGCCGAGCAGCGCUUCGAUAUCUCCAGCGUCAAAGCGGGCUGGUACACCGCGACGUCCAACUACAUCGGCUUCUUCCUCGUGCCCUGCCUAGGCAUCUUUAUCGACCUCUUCGGCAACCGUCUCACGGUCAUCUUCAUCUGCGGCACCGGCGUCUUCACAGCAAUGUGUCUCGCGGCUUUCGGCCCUGAUAUCGCAGGCACGGCUGCAGCCUUUGGGGUCUACGCCUUCGCGUACAGUCUCGGCCCGACGUCCAUCAUCGAUGGAAUCCGCACGGCGAUUUGGUAUCAGGAUACGUUCGGGGCCGGGUACGCGGUGAAAAUCGCCGUCAACAACUCCAUGAACAUCAUCAUCCGAAUCGUCACGGGCGUGAUCCAAGACCGGGACGACAAUUCCUACGACCACGUCGUUGUCGUGUACGUCAUCUUAGCUUCCGGCUCGGUCCUCGUGUCAGGGGUUUUGCUGGUUUGGAGUUCGUUCUCGACGGAGCUGAAGAGAUUGCAGUGGACGAAGAAGCAGAGGAUGCGGAAUGGGGAUGUUCUCAUCAAGCAGAGGGAGGCGUGCGAGAGCGGGGAGCGGAGGGAGGUGAAUCGGAAGGUGAAUUUGGGAUUUUAUGGGGCGAUGGUGUUGUUGAUUUUGGGGUCGUGGGCGGCGUAUUUCUGGGGGGUGGGCGACGGGGAAUAA